UUACCGGGGCCGGCGUUUCGUCUUUCGUCGGGCGCAGAAAAGGAUUUUUUACCCCGAUUUUCCACACGCUCGCGAGGUGUCCGGAGCGUUUUCGAAGCCGCGUGACCCUUGACCUGGGAGAGAUGGCGCAGUGGUAGCACCAGGGAUGCCGGACCAUGACAGCGAGUUCCUCCUAAACCGACAGACUAAAAGAAGGAGAGUGGACAACGGAGUGAAGAGAACCGUGGGCUCGAGCUCCAGUCUGACUGCAGCAUUCCCGGCCGAUAGCCUCAUCACUCGUGCUGUCAGACUUCCUGUCCUCGUCGGAGCCAUGAACGCCCGCCACGCCGUGGACCCGGACCUGCUGGAGUGCCAAGGCAGCCAGCUUGUGCACGGGGACCCCGGCGAGAGCAAGUCCAACGUGCUCCGGAAACUCCUGAAGAGGGCCAACUCGUACGAGGAGGCCAUGGUACCAUUUCCUGGCACCACCAUCAUCUCCCAGCUGCUGAAGAGCAGCAUGACAAAGAAUGGGGGCGGGGCCGGAGGGGCGGAGCCGGGGUUCCCUGGCAGCGCCCUCUCCAGCGCGGGCUCCGAAGCGGCGCAGGAGGACGCGUGCAGCAGCUCAUCUCGGGACAGCCCGGGCCAGGAGUGCCCGUCGCCGUUCGCCCGCCCGGCCCACUUUGAGGCGGAGCGGCUCAGCGACGAGCACCUCCGCGCCAAGCGCGCUCGCGUGGAGAACAUCAUCCGCGGGAUGAGCCACUCGCCCUGCGUGGGGGGGCCGCCGAGCGGCUGCGGCAGGGAGCGCGAACAGGGGGACGGCGAGGGGGAGCCGGAGGGCCACCCGCUCCCGCACAGCCCGCGGGACGGUUACCGCGAGAACAAGCGCAAACAGAAGGUCCCGCAACAGCAGCAGAGCUUCCGGCAGCUGGUGUCGGCGCGCAAGGAGCAGAAAGCGGAGGAGCGGCGGCAGCUCAAGCUCCAACUGGAGGACAUGCAGAAGCAGCUCAGGCAGCUGCAGGAGAAGUUCUUCCAGGUCUACGACAGCACCGACUCCGAGGGUAACGACCCGGACCCCGACGGCGGGAACCUCUCGGAGGACAGCGCGCGCUCCGACGCCGACGAGCGCCCCGCGCGGGACUCGGGCGCCGACCGCUCGGACUGCGAGAUGCCGGACCUGGACCCGGGUCACUUCCUGGACCGGGCAAGGGUGCAGCCGAGGGAGCGCGCCGUGAUGGACGGAGAGAGGCCCAAGCGAGAGGGCGUCCUAAGGGUCAGAGGGCAAGGGUCCACCUCUAUGCACGCGGAGGGGAAGCAGCUGGCCGAGACGCUGAAGCAGGAGCUGAACUCCGCCAUGUCCCAGGUGGUGGACAUGGUCGUCAAGGUCUUCGCCAAGCCCCCACGUCCCCUGCCGCAGGGGUUCCCGCCUCUCCCUGAGCCCCAAGACCCGUUCCCCACCAAUGGCGACAACCCCAAUUUCCACACGACCAAUCAGAGGCUGCAGUGCUUCGGCGACGUCAUCAUCCCGGGCCCGCACGAGUCGUUCGGCGGAGUCCCGCUCCCGAGCGCCAACGACCAGACCGAGGCGCUGCCCCUGGUGGUCCGUAAGCCCGCCUCGGAGCUCCACCACCACCACCACCACCAGCGGUCGGCGGUGGGCGCCCACGGCGGGCACCACCACCCUUCUCUGCACCCCUCCUCCCUCUCUGCCAACGUGGGCUUCAGUCCCCCAUCAUUCCGACAACCCUUCCCCCUACCCCUCAUGGGCUACCCCUUCCAGGGGCCCCUCGGGACCCCCUCGCUGGGGUACCCAGGCAAGGACAGGGGCUCGCCGGACUCCAUGGACCUCUCGCGGGAGACCACCAGCUUACGGACCAAGAUGGCGUCCAACCACCACCUGGGGCACCACCGGUCCUGCUCGCCCACCCACCCGGGGAGCACGGCCGAGGGUCUGUCCCUCUGCCUCAUAAAGUCCGAGUGCGGCGAGCUCCAGGACAUGUCGGACAUCUCGCCAUAUCCAGGGAGUACAAUUCAGGAAGGACUGUCCCCCAACCACCUGAAGAAAGCCAAGCUGAUGUUCUUCUACACCCGCUACCCCAGCUCCAACAUGCUGAAGAUGUUCUUCUCCGACGUCAAGUUUAACAGGUGCAUCACGUCCCAGCUUAUCAAGUGGUUCAGUAACUUUCGCGAGUUCUACUACAUCCAGAUGGAGAAGUUCGCCCGGCAGGCCAUCAACGACGGUGUGACCGGGGCGGAUGAGAUCGCCGUGGCCAGGGACUGCGAGCUCUUUAGGGCACUCAACAUGCACUAUAACAAAGCCAACGACUUUGAGGUGCCUGAGCGUUUCUUGGAGGUGGCCCAGAUAACCUUGCGGGAGUUCUUCAACGCAAUCGUGGCUGGUAAAGACGUCGACCCCUCCUGGAAGAAGGCCAUCUACAAGGUCAUCUGCAAGCUGGACUCGGAGGUCCCCGAGGUGUUCAAAUCGCCCACCUGUCUCCAGGAACUCCUCCACGAGUAAACGUUUCCCGCCUCCUCCCCCGAAAAACACCCGAUGGUUUGAGCUUCGUUUUCGAGUUGUUUUUUUUUCCGGGUUCUCCUUCUUUUUCUCCUUUCCGGCUCGUUUUUCCGAACGGAUGGCACAUGAAGUAGCAUUCCUGAGCUCCUCCCGCUGGGCCGAUCCAGCCAUCCGGUUUGCGUCUUCUCCCUUUUAUUUUUCCCGUGAUUUCAUAUUUGCCACUCUGUCUGGAAUUGUUACUAAAGCCAAACGACACCCUGAACUGGUGUGACUGACGUAAGUUCACUCGGGCUUGUUAAACUGAAGUGUGUAUUUUUCUGGAGAAUAGGGCAUUGCAUUUAUAGGGUGUAUAGAACUAUUAUUAUUGUUAUUAUUAUUAUUAUUAUUAUUGUUAUUUUAUUAUUCUUGGUGUUAUUGUUGCUGUUGCUGUUCUUGCCUGGGUAAGACUGACACUUUUUCUCUCACGAUAAGGUUGCAAGAAAAAUAAAUUAUUAUUCCAAAAUGUAAAUCUCUAUAUGCAAAACUAUAUUACUGACUCAAAGCCUGAAAGGACUUUUAUGCUAGAAUAGUUUUCAUUUGGUCCAUUGCUUCCUGAUUGCAUGGGUCCAAGGGUUGAUGUUUUGGCUGCUUUGACCUACAGUUCAAUGCCCCAUGUCGAAGCAGCCGAUUGGCCACUGUAACCCCACCCUAUUACAUCACUUCCUUUGAUUAUUAUUGUUGGGUUUUCUUGAUUGUUUUUUUCAACAUGGUCAUUGUAGAUUUCUGGAUUCUCUGGUUUGCACAGGAAACGAUAAAACGUCAUUUAAAUGGAGCCAGUUCAAUUUUCCAGUGGCUUCAAAACCAGCGUGCUCGCGCGCGCACACACACACACACACACACACACACACCUCAAGAACGCGCAUUAACAAGCCCUUCAGCGUCUCAUUCCAGAGGAAUCAUUCUAGACCUUCGAGUGUGUGUGUGAGUGUGUGUGCGCGCUUGCUUGUCCGUGCGCGUGUGUGUGUGUGUGUGUAGUUUGGAGACAGCAUGCAGUUGGCCUCAGGCUCUUUUCAGAAUGAGCGAUCUUUUUUUUUUGCUGUGUGGUAUUUAGUUCAGUAUUUUUAUGGUGUUUCUUGAAUACAGACCUGCUAUAAAUGACUGAACAGUGUUUGAAAAGGACAACACACAAUAUGAAUUCAAUCCUUGCAUACCUUUUUUCCCCCUGGAUGUUACGAGUUUGUACUGUAUGGAUAUGAAUUUUAAAAAUGCACUUACCUGUUCAGUGGAGGCAAUGACAUUGGAUUUUAUUUAAUAAAGAUUGAAAAUAUACUUGAAACGAA